AUGGCAGAAGAACAAAAUUUGAAGGAGGACUCCAAAAAGAACGUAGGUUAAAUGGGAGCAAAAGUAGUUCCAAGAGGUUCGAAGGAAAUUUCAAACAUUCUUGGAGAACGUAGGUCUUCUUAUAAUGUUGAUGGGCUUGAUCGUGUAGUUGUUGAUGAGUAAUUAUCCAUAAAUAUCAUAGAAUUGUUGAUUAAAAACAGGUAGGAAUUCCCCUUAUUGAUAAAAUUGUUAUUAUUUUAGUGGUCUUCUUUACUUUACUGGUAUUCAUUAACUUCUCAUUUACAUGUAACUUACUUGGUAAUAAUAUGUAUAGCUAACGACGCUAAAGAAGAUGCAGACAUAGAUAAGACACUUUUUAUAACCAAAAUAAUUGAAUUGGUGAUCCUCAUUCUCUUUGUUUUGGAAAUUUCAAUACGAUGUAUCACAGUUGGAUUUAUAGUAAAUGUUAUAUACAUUAGGCUUACUUUUCGGAUUUGUGGUCUGUUUUUGAUGCUCUCAUUAUUUUUGCUUCAAUUGUUUUAAUCAUUCUCGAUCUCAAUUUAGAAGGUGAUGCAUUUACAACAAUAAGCAAAGUGUUAAGGGGAAUCUUCAGAUUCUUAAGAUUGUUUUUAGUCUUUCGAAAAGUAAAUUUCAUAAUAUUUUCCUAAAGUUUAAUCAAGUCAAAAAGAUUAAUAAUGCUGGGGCAAGAUAUGUUGUACGAUCCCCAGUCGAAAAGGUAAUUGAAAUUAUGAGGGAUCUUGCAGAUUAAUUCGAAGAUCCAGAUAUUAUAAAAUAAUUAAAUUGGGGUAUAACACAUAUAUCUAAUAACACUGUUUAUGAACCCAUAAUUGAGGGAAGAAGGAGUGAAGCUCUUGGUUGGCUCAAUCAGCCACAAUAACAUUAAUAGAUUUCUCAAGAUUUAAAACGCUCAAUGUCAUCAGACAUCCAAUUUUUUGACGAAUCUCAUUUGCCUGAACAAUUAAAGUAGGAUUUCGAAUAAAAUAUCUUGAACCUAGAUUAUGAUUACUUUUCUCUAUUUGAAAAAUAUGAUCUCUCCAUACUGACUCAUUUAAUGUGUUACUAUUUCCAAAAAGAAUAAUUGUUUAGUUCUUUGAGAAUAUCUCCAGAAUCAUUUAAAAAAUGUGUGGACAGACUAGCUUCAAGUUAUCACAAAGAAAAUUUGUACCAUAACGUUAUUCAUGCCUUUGAUGUUACUCAUACUGUUUAUUUUUUUAUUCAAAAAUGCAACUUUAAGGAAAUAGGAAAACUAUCAAAAAUAGAUUACUCGAUUCUCUUAUUGUCAGCUGCAGCACAUGACGUCGAUCAUCCAGGCUUGAAUAAUAUUUUCCUAUCAAAUACUCGACAUGAGUUGGCUAUGACUUAUAAUGAUAAAUCUCCUCUUGAAUAACAUCAUGCAUCCACAUUAUUCAGAUUCAUUAGAGAAACAGAUUUGUUAACAAAUUUUACCUUAUCUGAUUUCAAAUACUUCAGAGAAAAAUCUAUCAACAUGAUUCUUAGUACUGACAAUGCCAUGCAUGGAAAAGGUAUUGAAAUUCGUUUUCAUUAGAUUACAAUAAAUUAAAGGCAAGAUUAGCUUCAAAUGAUUUUGAUCCAGGAGCUAAGGAUAAAGGAAUUUGUUUUGAUACAUUGUUACAUGCGGCUGAUAUUAGCAAUCCUUUCAAACCCAUGAAAAACUAUGAAAAAUGGACCUUCAGAGUUCUUGGAGAAUUUUGGCUUCAAGGAGACAAAGAGAAGGAAUUAGGUCUUCCUAUAACGAUGCUUUGUGAUAGGAGAACUACAAAUGUAGCUAAAAGCCAAAUUGGAUUCAUUGAUUUUAUGGUAAUACAAACAACUAAUGAUAGGUUCUUCCAUACUACAAUACUCUAGCAUAAAUACUCCCCUAAUUAACAGAAUACAUUGAUCAAAUUACAGAAAAUAAAAAAGCAUGGGCUGAAAAAAUAGAGCAUUAUUAAACUCUUUUAAAUACAUAAUGA